GCAGUCGAGGGGGCCACACGCAGGAUAUAUUUGCCGGGUGCGAGUCGCAAGGCAUUGUGGGUGUUGUGAGGAAGCGUUUGUUUGGGACCUUGUUUAUCAUGCACUAAUUACUUGCUUCUGACAUUUGAACUGCCUGAAGCUUGAAGCCGCCUGAGCUGCCUCAAUCUCAAGAAUGAGUCAUCUUGAGAGUGGGUCAGUGGUUUGGGUGCGGCUGGGCCAGGCCUGGUGGCCAGGUACCAUCACUACCAUUGCCAAGUGUCCACCAGAAUUUGUGCAAGCCAUUCGCAAGACUCCCAUUGCUAUUGUCAAGUUCUUUCAUGAAAAUGAAUAUCAGGAUGUGCACAAGGCAGAACACAUCUUCCCCUACAACUGUGACCGCAAGGAGGAAUUUAUCAGAAAGGGACAAGCGGUAAACAAGAAUCAGAGUCAUGGGGAUGUGGACCUGCUGGCCAAGUUUGAGGCGGAUGUGGUGACUGCUGAGAAGUUGACCGGUGGGGACAUGGACAUCCUACGCACACUCGUGGAGGGGGCUGACACAUAUAAGGCCUUCCACACUACUCACUGCCCCCCCACCAGUCCCCGUCUUGACUCCAAUAAUAUGGUAAUAUCUGGCCAGCCUCUGCAGCCCUCUCUGGCCUCCCCCUGUCCAGCUGGUGUUGAAUUUGAGUCAAGACCCCAGGAGAAUUUGUGGCCAGAGAGUGUAGAGGCUCACACACGCUUAGGCUGUAACACUAGCAAGGUGAGAAACCCCCAGAAUUGCCAGGCGGCCAGUAGUGACCACCAAAUUGCCGUGCUGUCCAGAAACUCACUCCCAUCUCUGGCAGCCAGUGCUGGUAGAGAAACAGACCAGAGUCAUCCUCACUUAGGGGGAUCUGUACUUACUAAACACUCCAAUGAUACCAAAAGGGAAGAGGAGAUGUCUACCACACAUGUGGAGGAGGUAGGCUCAACACAGUGUGUUCCUGUAUCUCUCAAGGAACAGGUGAUCCACAAUGACAUAAGCCUUGCCACCAAGGUCAUCCCCUCAGAGGCUGGGAGUGGGAAGUCAUUGGAGGAAGAUGAAGAUGAGGAGGAAGAAGAGGAAGAGGAGGAGGAGGAAGAUUCGUUGAAUAAUGAAUUGAAUUCCGAGUGUGAGAAGUUUGUUGAAUCAGUGGAUGAGGAUUCUUUCAACCUAGAUUUAGAGAUGGAAGGUGAGGAGGAUGAGCCUGAUCCCAAGCAAUUGAUCUCGGAAGAAGGUGAGGCUCUGGAAAGUGAUAGUGACAGUGAUUCUCUUUAUGAGGCUGAAGAUGAUGAAGAUGCCCUACUGGUACCAGAGCAAGACAAUUUGGUUGGGUCAGCUGAUGACAAUGAAGAUUCUCUCAUGCCAGAUUUUGAGUUCUUAAGUGAAGAUGAAGAUGAGGAAAUCAGUGAAAGGGUUGACCAACCACAUCCAUCUCAAUCUUGGGAGACUGAUGAAGAUGAUUCAGAGGAGGAACUGUACCGUAACCUUCCCUCAACCUCUGCCACUGAUGAAGAGGAGAUUGGGUGGAUGCAAAGUGGUAUAGGAGAGCAGAAUAAAGAUCAUAAUGAGGUGCAGACUACUGAUUCCACUCAUCAGAAAAGUUAUGCAGUUUCUGGGAGGAGCCAAAGCAGACAUGAGGUAGAGAAAGAGGCAGCUUCAUUGGAGAAGGCAUCUUUGUACCAAGAAGAGGAAGAGCCUUGCCCUAGUGAGAGAACACAAGAUUUGGAACCACUAGUGCAACAAACGUAUCAUAUUUCCAGUCCAGUGAGAGGCCAGAAUUUAGAGAAGGAAAAGAAUCCCAAGGAAGAGGAGGAGGACGAUCUAUAUGAUCACCAGGAUCACCCUGAUCUUCGUACCUGCAAUGAAACCAGCCAUUCUCAGGAAGUUCAAUCCUCAGAGGAAAACUUGCCUUGCCAAAAUUCCAAGGAACCUGCCACCCUUGAUUUCUCAGAUUUAGAGAAACCCUCCACUUCUAAAUCUCCUGACAACUCUUUGACAUUCGAAGGGUUUGAUUGGGAGAAGACAAGGCAAGCUAGUGCCCGGCUCUUGAUGCUUUUGAAAGCAAAGCAGUUCCAGCCACAACGUAAGACCCAAGGUUUGAAGGCCAAGACUGUAACCAAGAAAAGAGGAAGACCAUCCCUCAAAGGACGCAUUGAUCUUCAGGGAAAGAGAUCUAAUAAAGCAUCCCUUACUAGGAAGAGGAAUCAGUUGCACAACUCUGCCACUGCACCCUCAACUUCUGAGUCAGAUGAAGAGCAAGAAGAGGAAGCAGAAAGUGGACACCAGAAAUCCAUAAAGGGAAAGGGUGGCAGAGGAGGCACUGGAUGGAUGAAACAAAGAUACAGUAGAGGCAGACCAAGCAACAAGAAACUAAGACACUCAUCACUGAGGAGAAAAACACUUCACAAACAGCACAACAGCAUGGAAAGGUCUAUAGAUAAGCGAAAAACCAGAAGCAGUGAUAAGGAAAAGGAGAAAGAGAUCAAGAUAAUUAGAAACACUAGAGAUUCUUAUGAAAGGUAUGCCCACAGUCCAGAUAUAAGCAGCUACUCAGAAGCACAGCCCAGACAGCCAAGGGAUUGGGAUGGGAUAAAGGAAACAGAGAAUAGAGCAGAACACAAUGCUGCUUCUGGAAAUUCUCCAGCAAAGCGUCCUAGGAAAAGGAAACCAUCUGAAGUUGACAACUUGCUAAAAUGGGCAGUGGAGACUGGUCACACAGCAUCCAGAAAUAGGGGUUUGAGAGAACGUUACAGUUCUCCCAGCAAUCCAAGUAUCAUUAGCAGCAGUACAACUAGCAACAAUAACAAUAAUAACAAUAACAACAAUAAUAACAACAACAAUGCCACCAGAAGGUCCAGACAGGAAACAAAGACUGCAAAUAGAACACAGAAAAAGAGAGGAAGAAAAAAGAAAGUUAGGAGAGAAAGUGAUGAGGAGAACGAUGAAGAAUUAGAGAGACGAGUCCAUACACACAGCUCCUCGGAUGACCCACUAGUCAACUCAGAGGAAGAAUUACCUGACAUGGGCAAGACAUCAGUGAGCAAAAGUCGGCCUGGGUAUCCUUACAAAAGUGGAGACCUGGUAUGGGUGCAGCUGGAGAACCAUUGGUGGCCUGCCUAUGUGGAUCAGGUGUACCCUCAGACCAGGAGGGUGUCAGUGUACAGGGUGGGCCUCAAGCAAGAAGCCAGCAUCAAGGUUGAGUUGGCCAGAGUCAAGUCUUUCCAGUAUGGAGAUGUGCCAGCAUUUGUGGACCGGAGUGAAAGUGGCUUCACAGAGGCCCUACAGAUCAUUGAGUCUUUCUGUCUCUUGAGGAAUCAUGGCAACAAGAUCUCCUCACAUAAGUUUUUCACCAUGCCUCCAGAAGAACAAGAUGCCCUCAUCAUUGUGAGCUUCACCCCCAAGGAUGACCCUGCACUGACCUCACCUCCUGGAAAGAGGACAAGGGGCCAAACUAGACAGGAGCAGCAGCCCUUGUCCCACAAGGGAUGGUAUUAUGAACCUCUCAAUUCAGACAGUGACGAUGCAAUGGGGGAGCGGGGAGAGGACAAGUACAUGUCUGCCCGGGAUCGGAGAAGGAUGCAAAAGGCCCUUAGAUCACGACGGAGAGAAAAUGAAAAACUGAUUAAAUACAUGAAGUCAGCAGCAUGCAUGGAGCACCUGUGGCAGAUUUUCAGUGGACAAAAGCAGUGUGAGCGCCACAAAUUGUACCAGAGUGAGGCAACUCGUCGCUCUCUGUUAUGGUCUGGGAUUGGGCCUUUCCAGUUAGAUCAAGAUGAUGAUCAGAUUCUCUCAGUUGUGGACUUCCUGCACACUGAAAUAAACAAGAAGCAGCCGGAUUUCAAUCUGGCGCAAGACUAUGUGUUCAAGGUGUGGAUGCCCGAGGCUAUUAAGGAGGCUCUGAGGAUGGUGUUCAAGGUGCCAGAGGACAUGCUGGAGCUAGCCCUGGAUGAAGGAUACCGGGAGAACCUUACCGACAGGAAGACUCGACGCCUUGACUUUGUAUAGUGGUUGUAAUGAGGACGGCUGGCAAUACUCAGCAAGCUUGCCUUCCGUUAAGCCAACCUACACAGGACAACUGAUAUUUCUGGGUUGUACAUAGUGACUCAUAGAUUUAGGUUUUCUUUAAUUGGUGUGUGGGCAGUGUAUGUCAAUCACACCCAUCUCACGUAUUUUUUUCUCUCUUUUACUGUAGCCCAUGAUUUCUUUUAUCUUUACUAUUUCUAUGACUACCACCACCACUGCCACUGCUGCCACCUCCACACCUGCUACUAUUGUUACAGUAGCAUGCAUAGCAGAAAUAUUAAGGAUCAUUAAAGUUUUACAUAGCUCUGUCAGUUUGGCAAUGUUGAAAGUAGAAGAUAAUGUUGUAUUAGAUUUCAUAAUAAUUUCUAAUGACAGUAAGAGUUACAGAAAAUGCAGUGGCAAAACAUAUAUAUAUAUAUGAAAUGUAGAUCAUGCAAAUAUUGAAGGAAAGAUUGCAUUGCCUGGGAUUGUAAAAAUUCAAAUGACAAGUAGUGUUGUCUGUAAAUUUAGCUUAUUUCUAUUUUCCUUAUCCUUUACAAACCAUUUGCUUCAGCAACUAAAAAUGAAAAUAUUGUUGUCAUUGCCCAGUUCCAUUGUAUCAUUUUGAUUGAAAAAGGGAGUAUAAUAGUAUAUCUUUAAUAAUCUAACAUUGAAAACUUUAUUUCUGAAGAAUGUAGUGUAAAAAUUUCAUUUGUGAACUUUUUAAUUUAAGAAAAAUUGUGUUUUGUAAUUUCAUUAGUUAAUUUGGGUGAUUCAUCAUGACACUGGCUGCAUCUUGGAUUAUGUUAUAUAAGUAAAGAAAUGGUGUACUUCACUGGCUGUGCAAAACUUAGAGUUCAUUAAUCAUUAAGUAAGAUACUUCAUAACUCAGUAUUACUGGAUUUAGUAUGUACUUUGUAUAGGUGGCAUUUCUAAACUUACUAGUAAAACAAAAGAUUCCAAUUAUCAUCUAAUACAAUAAUUACUGAUUUUAAAGAAUGAAUUUAAAUUAGUCAGGAUUUAAGGAGAAUUAAUUUUGAUAACAGCAUAUAAAGGAAAGAAUUUUGAAACAGCUUUGACCAUUCUCACAGAACAGACAGAAGUCAAGUUUGCUUAGAACAAUAAGAUUUUAGGAAUGAAUAACAUAAUUGUCACUAAACAUAUUUCAAAACCAAAGGCAUAAAUUUUCAAUAAUUAUGGAGUACCAGCACUAUAAAGGAAAUAUUUACAAAUAUGAUUUCUUAAUGAUUGCAGCUACUGAGGUGAAUGUUUCUGAGUUUAGAAAUGCCACCUCCAGACAGCUUAUGCAUCUGAAACCUAAAAAAUGUUGUACUUAGUUAUGUGUCAGUGAGCUACUUUGUUUCUUUAGUGACCAUAUUGUAAUCCAUGGCAUAUUCACUAAUGCACUGUGGAUCACUUACUUAUCUGCGCCCAUAAACAUACAGCACCCACCAUCUUUAUAUAAAUGAAUAUUCAAUUUGUAGGUAAUUAAUUAGUUCCAGUGAAUGGAAAAGGAAACCCCAAAGGAAACCCCUACUGAAAUGGGAGGGCAGAGUGCCAGAGUACAUGAGAUAAAAGGAAAGCACAGAGAGCAAAAUGAAAAAAAUAAAGCAUACAUUACUUAUGUAGUGGUCAUGGCCUGAGGAAAAUCCUUAGGACUUAGGAACAGGUGUCAGAUGUAGGUAGAUAGAACACUCAGUUUGCAAUACACUUCUUGUUACACAGCAUAUAUUAUGAUAGUCAUCAGUUGCCAUUUAUGUACAUUAGAGUUCAUCUCAUGAGUUUGGGCAGAAAUGGUGCCAAAGCUUACUGAUAUACUUCAAUAGCUCAGUAACAUCCUUGAGGAUUAUUAAAUUUUGAUUCGUAACAUUGUUUUGGUGGGAUAAAGGUUAGUUUCUGCAACUGAUAUGGAAACAGUAAAAAAAAAAAUUUAAAAACCUCAUAAUGCCUUUUUAUCAGUUAUCUGGAUUUUUUUUUUUUUUUUUUUUUUUUUUAUAAUCAUGUGGUGCACAUCUUGGUAAUUGAUCCCAGUCAUCAGGUUGUUUUCCUUCAGCUAACCUAAUGUAGGAGAGUCCUAUAGAUACUUGUAAAACUCAGGGUCAUUGUCUUGCUGAAACUGUAGCCAAUGGAAGUAAUGCUGCAAGUCUGGGAGUGGAAUUUAUAAAAGGCAAAGCAAUAUACUUUAUUGUGUUAUGUUUUGGUAAUGUACCAAACCUUUUCUGGUUUUAGGUUAUUUAGAAGUUAUCAGUAUUGUGCUGAUUUAUUUUCUUGAUAAAUGCUGAGCUGUGCAUUGUGACAUGGGUAUUUCCUAAACCUAAUUUUGAAUAUUGUUGUGUUAGCAAAUUUUUUUUGCACACCAUUGUCAUUUGAGUGAUUUAGGUAAUGAAGUUUUGUUAAAUUAUUUAAUGCACUUACUGUUCUCUUUAAUGGUACUUUUUCUACCACUUCUGUUGCAGUUGCUGCUGCUGCUACUGCUACUACCACUACCACUACCACUACCACUUUGUUUUCUACCGUACUUUAUUUGAGAACAUUAGAUAUUAUGCUCCUCCUGUAGGGUGGAUACAUGUCACGGCUUAGGGUCAUCUCUAUUGGGUGGUGGUUUCCCAGGCAAUAAGGGAAGGUUUGCCCUGAAUUUCAUGAUUCCCAGAGGCUGUGUUCCACAUGUUAAUAGUCCUUUACUUUAGUCCUCAUCUAUGGAGAACUCUCAAACACGCACACAUCAGUAACAACUUAAGAGUAAAAAAAGUCAUAUUACGAUCUCGAACAUCCAUAGCCUGCCUGUCAUUUCCAUUUCUUGCUUCACCAUUCCCUGCUUGAAUUUUUUGUGUAUGAUACUCUGAUAUUACAAUAUACAGUCCCAUUCAAUCUCCUCAGGUCAAGAUUUGUAUGUUUGACCUCAAAUUGGUGACAGGCUGUGGAAUGACUCAUUUCAUUCUCUUAUUGACAUGGAAUGUUACUGGCCUUUUAACUUGUAGCACUGUAUCUCUUCAAAAAAUGUAAUUGAUUUAUUUUGCACUGCAGUCCUAAGACACUCUAGGUGAUAAAUUGAUCACUUUCAUCUUGCUGAAAGAAAUGGAUAAAGUGUUAUUAAAGAAACAAUGAAGCACUGUAGAGUGCACACUUUUACUGAAUUCCCUCCUUUAAUCAGAGGAGUGAACAGAGAUGUACCAUUGUGCAAGAGGAGCUUAGCUCUUUAGGUUCUCGAAUAGGGUAUAUUACUACUACAACUAUUACUUAAAAUUUUGUUGUAUUACUUCCAUUUCUAUUACAACUUACUACUUACUACCAGUCAUUUCAUAGGAAUAGAAAGUCUAAUUGAAAAGGAAGAAAUUAUUAUAUGAAGUGUUGUCAAAGUUGUUAGGAGGUUUCAUCCAGCAAUGAAAUGAGACAACUAACAGCUAGUGAGCUAUUUGAUGUUUGUGUAUGUAAAUGUAUUAUUUAAAGUAUAUCAUUAUGAUAUACAUGUAUAACAUAUUACAACAUACUCUAAUGAAAUUAUAAUAAUUAGUCAUACAAAUUAACUGUAGAAAUGUGAUUUUGAAUCACAUUUCACACACACAGUCUAACCACAAUCUACUUAAAGCAUCAUCAAUAAGGACAUGAUGAAUUUUUAUCUUGCAAAUCAAAUACUGCAGUAUAUCUGUGAUGAUAAUGAAAUCAACAGCCAUAAUUUUUGGAAAAAAAAAAAAAGUAGAGAUUAAAGGUUGUCAUAAUGAUGCUGAAUGGAACUUGUCAGACAGUAUGGUGACACUUCGUAUGAUACUGUGCACUGAAAGGAGGCAGUGAUGCCUGGAAUUUUCUGUUGUAACUUUUCAGCAAUGGUCCCACAUGUCUGUGGUACAGAUAUUACAAGAUCAUCAGCAGCUUUUCCCAGUGCCCAGGGUUAGGAUAGCAUUAAUUUCUCAUGUUAAUGUUAGAGCAAUAGAGAUAUUACUUACAAAGUACACAUAUUAGCUUUAAUUAUACACUUUUAGUGGCUGAAGAACUCUUUCUUCAUUUAGUAUAUUUGGAACACAAUAUUUGUAUGAAAGAAAAUUUAUUAUUUUAAGAGAGUUGAAUAUAUUUUUUUAAUUUAUUCUGUAAAGCAUACUAAGUCACAACAAAUUGUGAUAGUGACACUAACAGAUAAAUUCUUGACUUUGUACAGUUAAAAAUUGUACACUUAUGGCAUUAAAUUUUUGUUUCAUCCAGUGACCCUGUAUCUAUUAUUUUGUUAUAAGGGUAACCGUACAAGAGUAGCACUAGCCUCAGCAGCUCCAACACAAUGCCACUCACUGUAGACUAAGCAUUUCUUGAGUAAAAGAACACAUAAU